AAAUGGAUGUUCCAAACCACUUAAAAGAUCCUCUUCCUACUUCCAGCAUCUCGUUAUUACACCGUUAAUUUGGACUACCUAAGACUGAAGCUUUUGUCCAAUUCCUGUCCAAAUUCCAAACUAGAGUAGUAGGGUCUUAAGGUAAUGAGGUUAUACUAUUAUACGAUUGGUAUAGGUGAUUUAAUUAUGUCGUUGUGCCUCAUUUAAAGGCCAGACUUUCAAUUAUCCCUAAUAAAUAUAGGCUAAGAGAAUUCGUUCCCAAAUGCUUUUAACUGCUGGCUAACAGAAAACAUCAUUAAGAGAUACUUGCGGCGGGGCGCCUGGCUGGCUAAGUGGUAUAGCACGUUAACUCUUGAGCUUACGUUAAAAAGGAAAAAAAAAAAAAAAAAGCAAAAGAGAUACUUGCCUCUAGACUUUAGCUCAGCGAAAGGGGAAACCUUAUAAACAACAACAUUCUUGAGCACUCUUUAUUGAGCAAUUACAAGUAAGUAGAAAUUCAUCAGGCUUCCAAUGUUUUUGGUAAACUUUUUUUUUUUUUUUUUUUAAGUUAGCUCUUCGCCCACGGUGGGGCUUGAAAUCGAGACUCGGAGAUCAAGAGUUGCAUGCUCUAGGGACCGAACCAGACACCGCAGUAAACCUAUUCUUGUUUAAAGACCGUAACUUAAUAUCUGAAAAGCAUACAUCUUUACAUAGCACUCUCAGGGCCAUUAAACAGGUCUUAAAACUUCAGACUCUCUACAGCCAAUUACGAGAUAACUUUACACAUUUCUCAACCACGUCCCACCAACUUCUCUUUUUCGGUCUCAAGCACCUAUGCAGAUUUGACCUGUUCUCUUAAAAAGUUUAAGAAAGCGCAAGGAAAUGCUAAAACAAACGUUUGCUCGUUUCCCCGGCACUACCACGUCCUAAGCACUGGCUUCUGGAGGCCCACAACACAUUCCUUCCCGAAAUGUUUACCCCAAACUUUUAAACCAGAAGCUUUACAAUCUGGGCAUAAAUUCAGUCAAGCUGCCCCUUGCCUAUCUGCAAUCUCAAGUACACGCCACCAGCUCUGUACCACAAGAGUGGAGAGGAGCAGAAGCCGCCCGUGAAGCCGAUGCUCAGUCACCGGCGCCUGGGGAGGGGGACUCGACGACUAGCUAGUGCCAAAUGUGAGCUAACUUUCCACUAACGGAAUCGGAAAAUUCAGUUAUUUCUUGUGACACGGCUUCCAAAAAGAAAUGAAUGUUCUUUGAAACAUUCACUGCUACUGACGCUAGUCAGUCAGGUCUGGGAUAAGACCAGUCAACCUACCCACAGGCCAAACAAGGAAGUCCUGCGUUUGCGUGCGGCAGCCUCCGGCGAAGAAGACCGGAAGGAACGCCAGCGCCUUCCUUUGCGCAAGCGCAGGCCGACCUCUCCCAUUGGUCAUCUCAGCUCGAAGUUGGCGUGCCCCUGCGCUCCGCUGUUCUGCCGGUUGGGUAGGAUUGACGCGGACGUGUGCUCCAGUGUUUAUCUUCCGGCUGCAGCCCACCGGCCCGCCGGACCACAGUUCAUGAUGCUUACGCAGGUUUUUUUGUUUGUCGUUAUUAUUUUUUUUAACCUUCUGAAAUCGUUUGUUUAAGCCGGUGAUUCAUUCAUGCUCAAGUACCGAAAGUCUCUCUGACUUACGAAAGAAUAUCGAGCUUCCUGAUUCAGGGCCGGACGCUUACCUAACCUACUGACUUGGGAGCUUCAGAACCAUGGGGACAAAGGAGGCAGGGGAUGCUAGAGCAGCAGAGUUGGGCCUUCCCUCAUCAGCCAACCCGAACAAGCAAAUGUCUGAAAAACCAAACUAUGCUCUUAAAUUUACUCUCGUGGGACAUACGGAAGCAGUAUCAUCGGUUAAGUUUAGUCCUAAUGGAGAAUGGCUAGCAAGUUCUUCUGCUGACAAAGUAAUUAUAAUUUGGGGAGCCUAUGAUGGAAAGUAUGAGAAAACACUUCAUGGUCACAAUCUGGAAAUAUCAGAUGUUGCCUGGUCAUCAGACUCCAGUCGUCUUGUUUCUGCCUCAGAUGAUAAGACGCUAAAGAUUUGGGAUGUGAGAUCUGGAAAAUGUUUGAAAACGCUGAAGGGGCAUAGUAAUUAUGUUUUUUGCUGUAAUUUCAAUCCACCAUCCAAUCUCAUCAUUUCAGGAUCUUUUGAUGAGAGUGUGAAAAUAUGGGAGGUGAAAACAGGAAAGUGCCUUAAGACUUUGUCUGCUCAUUCUGACCCAGUUUCUGCUGUUCAUUUUAAUUGUAGUGGGUCUUUGAUUGUGUCAGGUAGCUAUGAUGGUGUCUGUAGAAUUUGGGAUGCUGCAUCAGGUCAGUGUUUAAAAACACUUGUUGAUGAUGAUAACCCUCCUAUCUCUUUUGUAAAAUUUUCUCCAAACGGAAGAUAUCUUCUAAUUGCAACUUUGGACAAUACUCUUAAACUGUGGGAUUAUAGCAGAGGUCGAUGUCUGAAAACAUACACUGGUCAUAAGAAUGAGAAAUACUGCAUAUUUGCCAAUUUUUCAGUUACUGGUGGAAAAUGGAUUGUGUCUGGAUCAGAAGAUAAUCUGGUUUACAUUUGGAACCUUCAGACUAAAGAGAUUGUACAGAAAUUACAAGGUCAUACAGAUGUUGUAAUCUCAGCAGCUUGUCAUCCUACAGAAAACAUCAUUGCAUCAGCAGCAUUAGGAAAUGACAAAACAAUUAAACUGUGGAUGAGUAACUACUAAACCCUUUAGAAAUCAACUAGUAGAGCCAAA